UCAAUUCAAUUCAAGGAAGAAGGAGAAGAUGGAGUGUAGAACAAUGAAGGUCUUUGAUAUCCUCAAAGAAACUCUCACCAUUUUUUACAAAAACAUUAACUUUGUCUUCUUCACCAUUCUAACCUCCCUCCCUCUCUUUUGUUUCUUGAUUUACUAUGAAACCUUUCUCCAAAAGUUCCUGUUUCAAUGCAUUGAAAAUCUUCCGCUACUAGAGAGAACCUCUUAUAUUCCUUUAUAUUAUGACCCAUAUUAUGGCCAAUAUUAUGACCCAUGGUCUUUACCUGUUGAUAUAGUUAGAAACUUAAACAAAUACCAUUUUAAUGAGCUUAUUCAGAUGGGUUUUCUCUACUUGGUUCCACUUCAUCUCCUAGAGCUCUUUAGCCUACUUGUCACUGUUGAUUUGUCUUCAAAGAUUUAUAGAGAAGACAAAGCACUGACAUUUAUGGAUAUGUUGCAUCUUAGGAUCGACAAAGCCAGAACAGGAGCCACUGUUAUUACAUUCCUCUAUGUUGUGUUCUUGUCUACAUGUACUCUCCUCGCAUUUAUAUGGUUACUAAUAACCUAUUCUGCUGUUUUGAUGAUCCCCACACCUGAAAGUGAAAUUGUUUUAUAUAAUUCUGUAGGGAUGUCUUCAUUGGGAUUUGAUCUUUUCGAUCAUCUAUUAUAUGGGUCAAAUCUAUUUUUACAGGUGAUAAUUUACUUGCCUUGGUGCGCUAUAUGGAACUUGGGUCUUGUGAUUUCAAUCUUGGAAGGAACGUGUGGGCUCAAAGCUUUAGGUUCAGCAGUUUAUCUUAGCCUAAAAAGUCUUGUCAAUGGAGUUAGUUUGGUGAUUAUUUUCACUAUUUGGGAAUUGGGUUUGAGGGCACUAUGCCUCUAUUUUGGCAGCUAUAAAACAUGGCUUGGGAUUGUUGGUCAGAUCAGUUUGUUAUGCUUGGGAAAUGCACUUAAAUGGGUCUCUUUUGUGGUGUACUUUCAAGAUUGCGUAAGGCGUGUUUCUAGGAAGAAAACUGAUCAGGAACAAAAUGUAGAUAUGAGAGAGUCUAAAGCAAUGUUUGUCUAAGUGGGCAAUCAACUGUAACUUUGUUUUGAUAUAUAACCAAUUUCAAGCCAUAAUGAGCUUUACCAUUCUCUAAUUUUCUGUCAAUUUGUGAAUUAUCUCAGUAAUAUUUC